AGGCUACUGUAAUUGGUGUGCUCUUCUUAUCGGGGUGGAAGGUAGUCGGCUGCUAAUUCUAGUUACUUGAUGUUAAAUUAAAUUUGUUUGUGUAGCCUGGAUGAUUGUCUUUUAAAUCCCUAUCUGGCACACGGGUUCAGGUCAUGUGAUAACCGGCCUUGGAAAUCUGUUCAGGCAUCCUGUCCAUACUGUACCCAACCCUGUAGCAAUUAGCAACAAAACCCAGAGAACCAGUGAGCCGGUCAUGUCCGUCGUCUUUUGGAGUUCUCGUGCAGUUCCUGCUUUACCUUUGGCCGUCAUCUUCCUCCGCUGUCCCUCCGCUGAGUCUUGAGUCCCUCCCAUUUUCCACGUGGUCACACGCGUACACACACUCCCUCGGCUCACACCCCUUUGUUACACACGGCUGCCUGCCAGGGAGGCAAACACCUGCUGUGCUGUCACACUCCGGUUCCGAGACGUCCAGGGGUAUCCUCGCGUAAACCCACCGGUGAAAGCUUUUCCCCUGCGCUCUCCUCUCUCUCAGCGGGUCAGCUGGCAGGAGCAGAGGUGACAGCACUGCCCAUUCGCCCAUGCCUGUGACGGCAGCAGGCUUCACGCAGCCGGAGCCCACGCAGAAUGAGCAGCGCGGCCCUCUGCGCAUCUCCGUAGGGGGUCUUCCUGUCCUGGCCUCCAUGACCAACACGCUGGACCCGCGCUUCCGCAUCAAGUGGCGCGCGAUCGUGCUGAUGGGCGCGCUGCUGGCCCUCCUGCUGCUGCUCUACAUGCAGCUGUCCCCAGGUGGCGCCAGCGGGGCCGCGCACCACAGCCACGCCCGGGGCCCCCACCACGGCCCGCCGGGCUUCGGCCGCAAGGGCCCGCCGCCGGACGAGUCGCCGGGCGAGCGCUACAACGACACGUACCCGCUGACGGCGCCCGAGCACACGGCCGAGGGCACGCGCUUCCGCAUCGCCGUCAUCGCCGACCUGGACACGGCGUCGCGGCAGGACGGCAAGAAGAACACCUGGGUGAGCUACCUGCGGCGGGGCCACCUGCUGGUGAGCGAGGGCUCGGGCCGGCCGCACCUGAGCGUCCAGUGGGACGCCGAGAAGGUGGAGCUGCAGACGCACCUGUCGGAGAAGGGCCGCGGGAUGGAGCUCUCCGAGCUGACCGUGUUCAACGGGAGGCUCUACAGCGUGGACGACCGCACCGGCGUGGUCUACCACAUCGACGGCAACCGGGCCGUGCCGUGGGUCAUCCUGCCCGACGGGGACGGAAGCGUCUCCAAAGGCUUCAAGGCAGAGUGGCUGGCUGUGAAGGACGAGCAGCUGUACGUGGGCGGCCUGGGGAAGGAGUGGACCACCACCUCAGGAGAGUUCGUCAACAAUGACCCCCAGUGGGUCAAGGUGGUCGGGUUCCAUGGUGACGUCCAGCAUCAGAACUGGGUUCCCAAGUACCACCUUCUGUGCUCUGCAGCAGGGAUCCAGUCUCCAGGUUAUCUCAUCCACGAGUCGGCGGCGUGGAGCGACACGCUGCAGCGCUGGUUCUUCCUGCCGCGGCGGGCCAGCAGCGAGCGCUACGAGGAGACGGCGGACGAGCGCCGCGGCACCAACCUGCUGCUCAACUGCUCGCCGGACUUCCAGAACAUUCUGGUGAGCCGCGUGGGCCCGCUGGAGCCCACGCACGGCUUCUCCUCCUUCAAGUUCGUGCCCAACACCGACGACCAGAUCGUCCUGGCGCUCAAGUCCGAGGAGGACGCCGGGAAGAUCGCCACGUACAUCCUGGCCUUCACGCUGGACGGACAGAUCCUGCUGCCCGAGACCAAGAUCGGAGACGUCAAGUACGAGGGGCUGGAGUUCGUCUAAGGGCGGCGCGCCCCGAACUCCAAAAAAACUCAAGUCCUCCCCUUCACGUCAGUCGUGCAGACGAACUUGCACUGCGCGCAACACAACACCGAGAGCCUUUUUUCGGAGGAAUGAUCCGAGAGGGGAACUCUGCUCCGAGUCGGCAGCCUGGCACCUAAUCCCACCACUCCUCGUCAUCACCCCGCACCCGCCCGUGGCACAGCCCCGUGCCAGUACAGAACAGAGAGGGCUGUCGCCACGACGCCAGCCUGCUCCAUGGCCAGUGCCACUCACCCACCCACCCACUCAUUCACUCACUCAUUCACACACUCACAACUCAACGCGGAGGGCCGCCAAGAACACUAACCCUGUCCAACUGUCUGUAGUCGUCGUAACUGGUGGUGGUCACAUGACGUUUUCCAGCUACAUGAGACUCCUUGUGUCCAUGUGACCUUCCGAAGUCAUAUGACCUGGGCGGCUAAGCCCAGUAGUACUGUACCGAUUGACUUCUCAUAUUGAAUGUAAGAUUAGGAGAUCACUCAGACACUCUGAGCAUACUGAUGGGGGCACUGAAGUAUCAUGGUAAUUCUGAAUGCAUUUUUAAGUUUACAUUGUUUUUGUUUUGUUUUGUUUUGUUUUGUUUUUUUUUUAAUCCUGGUUGCUCUUAUAUUUAACAUUAUCUUUGAACUCUCUGUUGAACCCAUGACUCCCUCUGAUGCACACAUACAGACUCAUCACUACGCCUGAUAUGACUUUGGGUCAUUUGUUCUUGUCCCUAAAUUGUAUCGUUCUUUGAUUGGUGGCUAUAGAAGAACCCCUGGAAGGAGAGACCAUACACCCUGACAUCCUACAGUAUGUACCUGAGAAGAGAAUCUGGCCCAUUUCUUUAGGUCCCACAAAAAAAAACCUUCAGAGGCUCUACCAAAGACCCAUUUCCUUGAGAGUGUCUGGUGAAAUGAUUUUCUUUACCGUUUUCUUCUGUCGGCUGCUUUCUUUUGUCCACCAUGAAACAGAGUUGUUAUGAAGAGCGUCAACGGUGAUGGAAAAAGGUCAGAAGAAAAUUGUGUGUGCACAGUUUGUUUUAUAAUGUGUCUAUUAAUGACUUUUUAAGCCUAAAAUGAGUCAUGGUGGACUGUUUGCUGUUCUUUUUCCCCAGAGGUGUAUCCUUCACUGUGCCAUAAUUACUGAUGUUCUUUAACACCAGAUCUCCCAUGUUUAAGUUUUCCCAUUUAAUCCAGAUUCAAAAUUUAGAUGAAGUGUAAUACAAGAACAGAUGGCCAUGUUCAAAACAUUUAGUUGAUUCAAUUAAUGUGUAGCUCAAUAAAUACAGAAAAGAGCCACUAAUAUGGCAAGUAUGUGUUUUAUUUCUUAUAAUGGCCCUAGUGCCACGUACCACCCUGU